GAAGAGAGGCGGGCUAUUCACCAUAAGCUAACAUUUAACUUCUCUCUCUCUGUAAGGCCAAGGUAUUUUUCUUCGAGGGGAAAAGAAAACUACUCAAAUCCAUUCAAAAUGACAUCUCUCAAGCUCAAGGGAAAAACAGGAGAUCAACAUGGCUUCUGUCGUGGUCUCAAAAUUUAUUCCCAAAAUGAAGCAUCUACCAUGAGGAAAUCAAUAGUAUGCAGAAAAGAAGAUGAUCCAAAGGGGUCUUUGAAGAAUAUGACCAGGACCAAAGGCAGGCGUGAUAAUUCUGAAAAUAAAAUUCUUCAAAGAAAAGCGCUGUCAGAUCUUAGCAAUCUUACUUCUUUGGUUUCUUCCACGAAAGUUUAUGAUGGCUCUAAAUCAACUAAGAAUCAUAGAAGUGCCUUGAUUGAACGGGUUUCAGUGGCUUCAGUUGCAAAAACUUUUAAUGUCUCAUUCGGGAGAGCUUCCAAGGGAAAAGAGAAGGACCAUCCUAAUCGAGGUGCUAUCGGCUUUCAUUCUUCAAAGAAAGGUAGCAUUCAAUUAUGUAUACAGUUGUUUUGGAAACUUUCACUGGCACAACGACAUAUAAGCAAGUUUUGCUUUUUGAGAACAGAAAGUAUUAUAGAUCCGAAGACUUCCUUGAGUGUCCAAAGUGUUACAACUCAGAAUUCAGAUCGUAAAUCUGUUGUUACUAUUGGCAGGAAAAAGCUACAGAAGCUAGCAGGAUUACGAGUAAGACUAAAGUUUGUGAAACUGCUUCAAAGCAAGCAGGCAAUGCAAGGAACCAUCUCUCAAGGAAUAGAGAGAGUGAUAGCUUUGUAAUAACGUAAGCAG